UGCGAGAAAGAAUCUCCCUUUUGUUUAUUUCAAAUAUGCCCGGCGCAACAGCAGGAUAAUCCAUGUGCUUCUUCUGUAUUUAUUAUGUUCCUCUCCUUCUCUUGUUACGUUCAAUUCAUCCAUCAUCAUCAUUUUCUUCAUCACUCACACAUGGGAAACUGUUUGAUCAGAAACAACCAGAUAUCAGCACACGACGAUGACAUCUACGAUGACGCAGUAGUUGAGCAAAUGAAGACAUCUGAUUCCUCGUUCAAGUCUGAACCUGCAGCAGCAAUGCAUGAAGAGAGCAUGAAGAAGAAGAAGAAGCAUAAGAAGGUAAGUUUUGAAUUACAGAAUAAAGAUGAAGAAAGAAAUGGUAAACAGAUUCGCAGCAGAAGUGGGUCUGUGAGGAUAAGAUUGGUGGUGACUCAGGAAGAGUUAAAGAGGAUAUUGAGCUCUGAGAAUGAUACUCAGCAAACUUCUCUUGAGCAAUUACUGAGUUCUGUGAAACUGGGAGGAAGCAGAAUCUGUGAGGUUACUGGAGAUGAUGAUGGAGCCAUGAAUGCUUGGAGGCCAGCUUUAGAUAGCAUCCCAGAGGAUAUCAGUCAAUGAAGUAGUGUGCGAUAACUAGUCACAGAAAAUCUGACUCUCUUGUGAACAAUGACAAUCUUUUUUCUGUUUUUGUUUAAUGUAGGAUGGAGUAUAUUUGUACUGGCUCCUCGUCAAUGAUGAACUAGCUCCAACUCUUGACUAGUAGAGAAAUGUAAAAGGGGCCCUUGUGACUUUCAAUAGGUUCAUGGUUUCUGCGUUCUUCAAAA